AGCCCACCAGACUGGAGUUUCCACGACAGCUGAAAAGCUGUUAAUGCGUGUUUUUUCCCCCCCACCUGUACCGUUGAUCAUUUCUAACUCCUCAGGGGCCUAGUUUUGUACAAUGGGAGACAAGAAGAGUCCCACAAGGCCGAAGCGGCAGUCCAAGCCGUUCACCGACGAUGGGUACUGGGACUGCAGCGUGUGCACGUUUAAGAACAGCGCCGAGGCGUUCAAGUGCUUGAUGUGUGAUGUCAGGAAGGGAACGUCAACCCGAAAGCCACGACCCGUUGCUCAGCUUGUUGCACAGCAAGUAAAUCAACAGUUCGCAUCGCCGACGCAUCCCAAAAAAGAGAAGAAAGAAAAAUCCGAGAAGGACAAAAGUGACAAAGAUCCAACACUGAAAAAGAAAAACCAGAAAAGGAUGAGCAGGCCCAGGUUAAAGAACGUAGACAGGAGCAGUGCCCAGCAUCUGGAGGUCACGGUCGGAGACUUGACUGUAAUUAUCACAGACUUUAAGGAGAAAGUUAAAUCCACAUCUUCCUCAGUGAGCGCUGCCUCAGCAGACCAGCACAGCCAAAGUGGCUCGAGCUCCGACAACACUGAGCGAGGAGUCUCCAGGUGCUCCUCGCCCCGCGGGGAGACUUCGUCGAUUAAUGGAGAGACUCACUAGCCCCCACGCUCCCAGUUGGCGUAACACACUGAUCUGCACUCUCCACAGUCUCAGUCAGAGAAUAAACUUCAACAUGCACAUUUUUCUUCAUAUAAAACCUUAAAUGUCAGUAUGAUAGCAUCCACUUCCAUUUGAGGUUGUACAUUUCUCUGCCUUCCCCAUGUUUUACCCUGUGUGAUCGGUUCCAGGCUCUCCUGCAGCUAUCAUGAUGAACUGAAAAUGGAGCAGUAGCAUUAAAACUCGGAUGUCUGUGUGUAGCCAUGCCACAUUUCUUGGUGCUUCAACAGUGUUGCAUCAGCGUCACAGACUGAUUGUUGCUGCACACAAUAAAUAAUUAGGUCAUGGUGAAAAUGUGAAGAAAUCAUCUCGGAAUAUAUUUUUUUUUUCUCAACAUAAUUUGCACUUGUUGCCAAUCUUGUGUUAGUAACAAUUUUUUUUGCAUUAUUUUCAUGUUUGUGUUAUAACACUGUUGGUUACCUGCCUUUUCCGGCACACAUUUUAUGCCAUUGAAUGCAAUAACUGUUUUACCGUCUAACAUCUAAAUACAAUUUUACUAAGCAAGCUUUGCCCUCAGUUUGUAGACACAAGUCUGAUUUAAUCUAUAGAAUGGUUUAUAUUGUAAGAAAUUGAAUAAAAUGAAUUGUAGAUAUA